UGGGGUCAAAAUUUAAAUCAUCAUUUAGUUUGUAUUAUAAGUUUAAGAGUUAAGACGUUUCUCUUUUUCUUCUGCGAGUUACAUAAAGAAAGCAAAACAAUGAACAGAAAACUAUGUUUACUGUUCUUGGUGUGUUUAGCUGUGGUGCUAGUAAAAUCUGAAUCUUCCGUUGAAAUCGAUGAGAACGGUGAUGAAUACGAUGUCAAGAGAUUUAACAUACAAAGUCGUCAACUAAAUGGUGGACGUUCUCAAUGUGUGGUCACCAGACGCAAACGUGCCACACAACCUAAACCCAUGUACUCUGAUGAUGGCUCCAACGAUGAUGUUGAUGAUAAAAAUGAUGACGGCGAUACCAUGUUAGGCAUGGAACAACAAGCCGUCCUCUACUAUUCACCACCAAUGAUUAAUCAAACCGCUGAUGAAGAUGAAGAAGAGGAGGAUGAUAAGGAAGGUGAUGAAAAUGAUAUGAAAGAAAUGAAUAAUGGAAAAGAAGAAGGUGCUAAUGAUAUGGAAGAUAUGAAGGAAAAAAGUGAAGAAGAUGAGAAAAUGAACGAAAAUGAUAAUGAAGAAGAAGACGGUGAUAAUGACACUAUUGAAGUUGUUCAAUUGCCACAAUUACCAAUUUUGGGUCAAUUACAAAGUGAUGGUGAAACUGUGGCAGCUGUAGCUUCCGCAGCUGCUUCUGGUUCUGCUCAUGCUGGUCAUCAUCAUGGUAAUCAUGUUGGAUCCAAUGGCAUUGUUGUUAUUCAAUCACACACUCCCCCCAAGGUAAAUCCCCAAACUCAUGCUGUUUUCGAAUUAGUACCCGUAAAUCAUGCCGGCCCAGUUCACGAUGAAGAAGAUGAGGAAGAGGAAGAAAGUCAUGUUCCAGAACAAUUUGAUUUUAAUGAGGAAUUGAGUCCUAUUACUACAACUGCUAUUUGGUCGACUGGUGAUGAUAAUUCUAAUAUGAACUAUGACGAAUUAGUUAGCAAGCCCGUAAAACCCCAAAAACUGGUUAAAAAAGUUAGGAAACCAGUUGGAGUUAAUAAGAAUAAAAGGAAACCAACUCUGAAACCUAAACGUAAAAUUAACAAGAACAAAAGAAGAAACAAUAUUAAACGUAAAAAUAUAAAAAAUAAAAAUAACAAAAAGAAAAACGCCAAUAAACGUCGUCUAACUAAGAACAAGAGACGCCGCAACAACAGAAGACGUCCUUACAGAACCAACAGUGUUCGCCGUCGUCGUCCAGUUAGAAGAAAUAAAGUACGCCGUGGCAACGUUACACGUCGUCAUCUCUCUCAAGCUAAUAGACAAAGCCAAAACCAAGUGAUUAGAAAUCAACUAAAUAAUCAGAGUAGCAAUCAAAACAGCAACAAAAACUCUCUCAACUCACAAUUUACAAAUGAUGAUAAAGGUACCACUGCCAAGGAUAAGGUCAUUCAAAAGAAAAAUAAAAACAGAAAGCAUGCCGAAGUCAUUGAUCAAGGUGAAGACACUUACACCCGCACCAUGACCAUGACCCAAACAGGUGAUGAAGAUGGUGAUCGUAAUGUCAAUUGCAUUAUCAUUCGUAAGGAUCCUCCACCCACAACGGCACGUCCCUUCUGGAAUAUAUUGGGCCGUAGUGCUAAUGGUACACCCAAAGCCUCGGGUCAUUUUGGUAAACGUAAGCGUGUCAAUGUCCGUUUUGUAGCCUAAAUUAGUAGUAUGUUAUGUUUAAGAGAUAAAUUUAAAUGCCCUAGAUUUUAAA